GCACUUCUCUCUCUCUCUCUCUCUCUCCUCAUCUCUCCAGGCAGCACCACAAGCGACCUGGCCCAGGUCUCGGGUCUGUCGGAGAUGGGACGGUAUAUAGAGUGAGUUGCGUAAGAGAGUCAAUCAUUCUUUGCUACAUGGAAAGCACCAUCGCUCUCCUAUAAGUAGCUCGCUACUCUCCCAGAAGUACUUUGGAAGAGCCUCGCUUCGUGUCUAAUCGGUGGUUCCCGAGAGCUUGGCACGAGGAUCAAUUCGACGAGCUGAAUGAAAUUGAGUGGGCAGAAGUAGAAGAGGGAUCGGGUACACAAGGCCCUUGGGCAAUCGAGAGAAGUAGGCGAAGAUGGCGGGCUGCGGUGCGGAGGGUUUGAGCAAUAUCACGGCCUUGCUGACAGCCGGAGGCGCAACUGAGUCCGCUGCACAGCAAGUGGGGGAUUUUCUCUGCGGGAAAUUCGAUGGCAUCUCGUCAGCGCUCGUCAGUCAGACUUACGCCAUCGACAACACGUAUCUGCUCUUCUCCACAUACCUCGUCUUCUCCAUGCAGAUCGGAUUCGCCAUGCUGUGCGCAGGCUCGGUGCGGGCCAAAAACACCAUGAACAUCAUGCUCACCAACGUGCUGGACGCAGCGGCGGGCGGAAUCUCGUUCUAUCUCUUCGGAUUCGGAUUCGCCUUCGGCCGCAGCUCGAAUAACAAUCGAUUCAUCGGCAGCAAUUUCUUCGCCCUGCACGCCUACCCGAACGCCGAGAACUCUCUCGACUACAGCUUCUUCCUCUUCCAGUGGGCGUUCGCCAUCGCCGCAGCAGGAAUCACCAGCGGCUCGAUCGCGGAGCGGACGCAGUUCGUCGCUUACCUGGUUUACUCCUCCUUCCUCACCGGGUUCGUCUACCCGAUCGUAGCUCACUGGCUCUGGUCCGCGGACGGCUGGCUCGGAGCAGCAGCCGGCGGCAGUCGGCUGUUCGGAGUGGGAGCCAUCGACUUCGCCGGCAGCGGCGUGGUGCACAUGGUGGGAGGCAUCGCCGGUCUCAUGGGAGCGUGGAUCGAGGGCCCUCGCAUCGGGAGGUUCGGGCGAGACGGUCGCCCCGGGAUGGACAUGCGCGGCCACAGCGCCUCGCUCGUGGUGCUCGGCAGCUUCCUGCUUUGGUUCGGAUGGUUCGGGUUCAACCCCGGUUCGUUCUUGAAGAUCAACGUCCCCUUCUCAGACUCGACGUUCGAAGGCAACUGGACUGGAGUCGGCCGGACCGGAGUUACCACGACUCUCGCGGGAUGCGCGGCCGCGCUUACCACGUUGUUCGGUCGGAGGUGGAUGACAGGGCACUGGAAUGUGACCGACGUCUGCAAUGGCCUGCUCGGGGGGUUCGCUGCCAUUACGGCCGGAUGUGCAGUGGUCGAGCCAUGGGCUGCUAUCAUCUGUGGCUUUGGCGCUGCGUGGGUGCUGAUGGGCUUCAAUUUCCUGGCCGCCAAGCUCAAGUACGAUGAUCCACUGGAGGCUGCCCAGCUGCAUGGAGGUUGUGGUGCUUGGGGAUUGUUCUUCACAGGUCUUUUCGCCACGAAGCAGUACGUUCUCGAGGCGUAUGGACCGGACCGAGGGCAUGGUCUUUUCAUGGGCGGAGGAGGAAGGCUUCUUGCGGCCCAGUUGAUCGAAAUUCUCGUUAUCACAGGAUGGGUGGUUGCCACCAUGGGGCCCUUGUUCUGGGUCUUGCACAAAUUCCAUCUUCUGAGAAUUUCGCCCGAUGAUGAGAUGGCGGGUAUGGAUCUGACCAGACAUGGUGGUCAGGCUUACCACAUCGAGGAGCAGCCUCAAUUCCUCACCGCCCCGUUCGGAAACGAGGGCUCGAAUAAAAGCAGAAACUUGGAUAUCAGGCAAACCGUUCCUACUGCUACUCCAUGAUCAGAGCUCCGGACUCUCUGAUAGAUCGCCGACUUCGACUAAAAUUUUCAGCUCGAAAGUUGAAUGUCAACGAGUGUCACGAGCACAUCGAAUUGAGAGUCGAUCGAUCUCUGAAUAAGUCACGGCUUUGGGUCCAGUCUCACAGACAACGACAUCAACACCCGCCUCUGCCAGUGGUAAUAGAAAAAUCAUUUGCUGAUAAUACAUACUGUACUCCUAGAAUCUCGAGCUUCAAAGUAUCUUUCGAGAGAUGGUUCCUAGUCGACUUCGACAAUGAUGGAUCGACUCAAGAACGGCUGGGAAAUCUUCUCCGAAUGCCAAGUGCACGCAGAAUCUCUGCGUUCACUUGGCACCUGUCAUCAGUCGCAGUGGCCGCUGGCUCGGCGGCCGCUCGUGAUUCUGGAUCGGUAGUGUUUAUACGCUAGUUUCAAGACUUUGAAUACCCUGAAGUUUCUCGGUGGUGAAGCAGAGGGCCUGAUAUGUGCUCGCGCCUGUCUGUAAGGAUUCAUCCGACUCGUGAAAGGCCAGUCCAGUCUUCGAUUUGCGUACCUUAUAUUAAACGAACAUCCAUCUGCAGUUGGCACACUUCAUGUCACAGAAAAUUUAUACUUCGGCUUGUUCAGGACGUUUUAGUUUUCAAUACAGUACUUGUAGCAUAGGUCCUGGAUAAUGUCCAGGGGGUUGCCCAGCUUUGUGAGACAAGUCAAAUUCACUUGUUUGGCCUAUCUUGAGUUAUAUAUCUAUCCUGCAGUUCUCUCAGAACUGUCAAGAUUCCGUCUGCUUCUGCUGACUUCA